AUGAUCACCCGUAAAGUGGCACCUGCUUUAGCGGCAGGAUGUUCAGUUAUUGUUAAACCACCAAGUGAGACUCCUUUUAGUCCUAUAGCUUUGGGGUUCUUGGCUUUGGAAGCUGGUCUGCCACCGAAUUGCGUGCAUAUUAUCCCAACAAACGAUAGCCAGGCAUCGACGGAGCUUGCUACCAAUCCGAAAGUGAAAAAGCUCAGCUUUAUUGAGUCCACUGGGGUAGGAAAUCUUUUGGCUAAAGCAGCCAGAAACACUAUGAAAAGUGUCAGUAUGGAAAUAUGCGGGAAUGCUCCUUUUACCGUUUUUGAGGACGGUGAUAUUGAUCAGGCUGUGGAAGCAGCGAUGGUGCCUAUGGAUCUGCCCGGAUACUUCUACGAGCCAACAAUUAUCAGCGAGGCUACCAUGGAGAUGCAGGUAGCCCAUGACAAAACUUUUGGGCCAUUAGCUACAAUCUUCCCUAUCUGCACUGAGGCAGAAUCUGUGCUACUUGCAAACGAAAGCUGA